GACUGUGGAGGCCAUUGGUGUACACUGAACUCAUUAUCAUGUUCUUGGAGCCAGCUUGAGAUGACAUGUGCUUUGUGACAGAGCAUUAUCCUGCUGGAAGUAGCCAAAUGAAGAUGGGUAGACUGUGGCCAUGAAGGGAUGCACAUUGUCAGCAACAACACUCAUGAUGAGUGGAGAACGGGAAGACAUCCUGCUUCAGGUGAACCACGUUCGCUACAAGAAAAACAAUGGUCAGUUGUACCUGUCUCAAACAAGAGUAGGCUGGAUGAUGGAUGAGUCAGACACGUUCACAGUCAGUGUCCCCUACAAUGACAUCAGAACUCAAAAAAUUUCACCUGAGGGCAAACCCAAAGUUCAGCUACAAAUAGUUCUCCAUGAUAUUUCCAACUUCACAUUCCACUUCUGCACACCAGAGGGCAGAGAUAAACAGAUUGCUGAACGGAACCAGGUCAAAGAGCGCCUUAGUCAGUUGAUGACCCAAAACAGGAGGCAACCCCCAGAUGAACUGAUGGAAAAGAAGCGAAUGUUAGACGAGAAUGAGCAACUGCACCAUCUGUACCGUGCACUGGUUCCCACAUCAAUAAUAUCUGUCGAUGAAUUUUGGAAGGAGAUUGCUGGGCAAUAUAAACAAAACAUGGGGCCACAACAAGAACUUGGUGUGUCUGGGGCUUUCCUGGCUGACAUAAAGCCACAGACUGACGGUAACAAUGGCAAAGUACAGUACAACCUGACUCCUGAAAUCAUGUCUGCUAUAUUCAAGACUUAUCCUGCUGUGAAGAAAAAACAUGCAGAAUAUGUUCCUCACAGAAUGACUGAACCAGAGUUCUGGACACUGUUUUUUCAGUCCCACUAUUAUAGUGUUCACACAACCAGCAGCAUGGAAAAUGUAUUUUCAGAGUGCUCAAAACAUGAUGACAAGGAGUGGAACCGUGAUGUAAGCUCAACACAAAAUGAUCCUCUGUAUGCCUUGAAUGAUAUAUAUGAAGAAAAACCCAUGUCUAUUGAAAGUGAUCUGAGAACAUCUGGUGUCAAAGCUGGAAGUAACGUCUUUCAUGCUUUAAUGAUCAAAAGAUUCAACCAACACAGCCUCAACAUUAUUAAAGCUCAAACAAAUUCAGAAAAGGAGAGAAUAUUGGAUGAACUAGCUGCCAAAAACCCGAAUGGAAUUCCCAAUGGUGAAGCAAAACAAGAUAUACAAGUACACAAAAGUAAAAAGGCUAGAUUAGAGGAGAAAAUAGUGUAUGAGGAUCUGGAGAACUCAAACAAAGUGGAGACCUCAUCUUUAACUAUCCACCAGAGAGAUCGCUAUCUAACAGGACCCACAGAAUACAGUGCCAUUCAUAACUUACAACCACGUCAGGUGACUGUCCUUCAUGAGCAACUGACAGAUAAUAUAAACUCUUGGUGUCCAAACUUACACAUCAGCCAGGAUCCAGAGGCUGCGUAUCGGUCUCUUCAGCACUUCAGUGAAAUGUGUCGUAAAGGAAGAUCUAGUGUAGGGGUUAACACAGGAGAUCAGUUACCAGGAAAUUUACAUAAGGAACUGGGCCAGGUUUAUAGCAGUGCUGGGGAACUUUUGCGACACUUCUGGUCAUGUUUUCCUCCAAGAACUCCUCAGUUACAAGAGAAGCUUCACAAGAUGCAUGAGACACUCUGUCGAUACCACAAUGUUACUAUAAGACCAUUCCAAGAAAUGGCCGUAAAUGAUUAUAACUGCAAAAGUGACAUUUUAGACCACCUUACAGAAAUGUUUCAGAUCGCCAGUACCAAGUUUGAAAACUGGAAGGCGCGAAACAGCAGACAUGAGUGUACUAUGUGCAAAUUAGAACAUGCAGCAAACCUUUCUUGUGAAUCUAUUAGGAAAGACCAGGAAUCAGCCAGUGAUCAAAUUUCCGAGAACAGACCUCCUCCGGAGUUCAGUGAAAAAAGCCAGGUAUCAACCAUAACAGUACAUGCUGACAGUUGGUUUUUCUCCAGUUAUAACGAGUUACACCAUCUGUCAGUUGUAAAGAUUCCUACAGAGAAUAAACUUGUCUUUGAAUCUUAUAAGUUAGGUAACAUUUUGCCUAGGGUAGAGUUCUACGAGACUCAGCUUAUACCCAAACCUAAGGUAACAAUUAGGCCAUUAAAAUAUCUAGAGCAUAAGAAUGCAUUUCCUUGUAUCAAUAUUUCUGUAUAUGAUAUCAAUAUUAUUGCCUGUGAAAAUUUGCGAUAAGUCAAGCCAAAACAAUUUACCAGGUUUUGAAUCUAAUAAGGCUGGGCAGAUAUUGAAUAAAACACAACUUACUGCAGAGGAAUGUAAUGAACCAGGAGAUUUUAAGGACCACAAGAGUUAUUAUGAAUAAACCUGUUUUAAAAUCUGGGCAGAGGUGAGGUCAAUUGAUCCAGAAAUUAUUGCAAAUAUACUUAAGCUUGUAUCAAAUUAGGCAGAGCAGAUGUUAAAUGGCAAAACAUUCACACUUGCUUCAAAAAAACAAAUCAGAUGAAUUAACCCUUAAACGGUCCAAACAGAUCGACGUUCAGAUUCAUAGUGCUAUAAAAGUUGAUCUACUUUUUUUUUACAAAUUUUCAAAUAUAACAAAAAAUAAUGCAGAUAAAAGUUUUUUACACGUUUUCAAAUGUAAAACAAAAAAGAUCUACAUUUUUUUACAUACUUUCAGAUGUUGAAAAAACGUAUAUAUACGUUUGGACCGUUUAAGGGUUAAACAGGCCUGGUCUGAGCUAGAAAAGACUACAACAAACCAUGUUUCAGCCAAAAAUAAUACACAAAUAACCCGCACAUGUGUAGUGUAGUGUAUGUUUCAGCCAAAUAUUCCCAAGACUGGCCUCCCUCCUUGCUGACAGCCCCACCUUUGAUACAGACUCCCUCUUUGACUUUUUGACAGUAACUGAUUUUUUACACAAAUUUUGUUAAUACUUCCUUAAGCACUCCUCAUAGCCCUUUCUAACUCUCCUCUGUUAUCCUCUCCACCCUUGCUAUUCUAUGAUCCUGCACUAUCCCCUGCCCUGCUGCACUAUGACCCUUGUAGGUUAGCGCUUUCUUUAGAUUAUAAUAAUACUGUAAUCCAAAGCUGGCCAGGUGUCAGUUAGGAAGUUUACCCUGAACCUAAAUAAUACAUGGUACAGUGGUAACUUGACUUAUAAGUUUAAUUUGUUCCAAGACCCAGCUCGUAACUCAAUUUGCUCAUACAGUGGAACCUCAAAAAUCAAAUGUAUCACAUAUCGAACGUUUCGAAAAUAGGACCAUUUUUUCGGACAAACUGUGUCCCUAUUAUCGAACGUGCCCCUAUUUUUGGACCGCCGGGUAUGGGACCUGUCUGCCGCCCGCUCUGUCCGCGUCCCCGCGCAGGCACCGUGAGCAGUCUAGCUUUGUUUAUGCUUGAGUGAACACUAGCCUGCGCUCUCAUUCACUCAUUUUACGAUUAUUUCGUUGUGUUUAGUGCUUGUGGGACUGUGAAAUGAGCUGCCAUGGGCCCAAAGAAACUUGCUAGUGGUACCCCUGUGGUAAAGAAAGUGAGAAACGCCAUAGAUGUGAAGAAGGAAAUAAUACAGAAGGAUGAGAGUGGUGUGAGACUUGUUGAGCUUGCCAGGAUGUAUGGGAAAAACAAGUCGACCAUCGGUUCUAUCCUGUCAAAGAAAGAACAAAUCAAGGAAGCUGAUGUUGCAAAAGGUGUUAAUAUAGGGAGUGGAUGAGGUGCCUUCUUCAAAGAUUAAGGAGAUUUGUGCUAAGUGGAAUGAUGUCCAAAUGUUUGUGCAGAAGUACCACCCUGAGCAAGCUGAAACAAGCCAUCUUUGCAACAAGUUCAGUGACAGAACCAUGUCCCAUUUUAGGGAAAUGUUAAAGAGGCACCAGAAACAGAGGACUGUGGACAGUUAUUUUGUGACACAGGGGUCCAGUGACUCUCAAGCUGGACCUAGUGGCAUUAAAAGACAGAGAAGGGAAGUAACCCCAGAGAGGCUUUACCUGAAGUCCUCAUGGAGGGGGAUUCUCCUUCCAAACACUAACCCCAACUCCCUCUCUCCUCCUUCCUAUCUUCCAGAUGCCAUCACCAAUCUUCAAUAACGGUAAGUAAAAAUGUUAUUUUAUAUGUAUUGCUAUACAUAAUUAAAAACUAUAGUAUUUGUUGUAUGUAAAACUGUAAUUAAUCUCUAUAAAAUGUAUUUUCUGUGUGAAUAUUUUUGGGUUUCUGGAACAGAUUAAUUGUAUUUCCAUUAUUUCUUAUGGGAAAUAUUGCUUCGAAUUUCAGACUUUUCGAAUUUAGAACUAGCUCCUGGAACGGAUUAAGUUCGAUUUUUGAGGUUCCACUGUAUAUCAAAUCAAUUUUCCUCAUUGAAAUUAAUUGAAAUGCCAUUAAUCCAUUCCGGUGGAAUUCCUGGCUCUCAGGAGGCCGGAGAAAAUACUUCAAUAUAAUGCUAAUAUCAACUCUGCGGCUUAUUUACCUAUCACAAUUGAUCUAAUAUGACAUAAUAAACAAUAAAAAUAACAUAGAAACAUGGUAUAUACAGUGGACCCUCAGUUAACGACGUCAUCAGAUAACGUAAAAAUCGGAUAACGACACAUUUUUGCAUCAAAAUAUUGGCUCAGUUAACAACAAAGAACUCGGUUAAAGUCAUUCGUCCCGAGCGUGUCUGCACGGCCUGAGCGGCCCAGUCACUCCAUGUACGGCCAGUGUGCCAUUGUUGACAAGCCAGUGAGAACGAUUCCAUGCAUACAUUUUGUAUUAUUCCAUUGUUUUUAGUGCUUGUAACUACUAAAUAAGCCACCAUGAGCCCAAAGAAAGCUUCUAGUGCCAGCCCUUUGGUAAAGUGGCUGAGAAACACUAUAGAAUUCAAGAAAAAGUUGGUAGAAAGAUAUGAAAGUGGUGGUGGUAGUGAUGGUGGUAUGCCAGCCAGGGUACUUCCCCACAUACCAGCCAGGGUACUUCUCCACAUACCAGCCAGGGUACUUCCCCAUACACCAGCCAGGGUACUUCCCCACACACCAGCCACAGUACUUCCCCACAUACUAGCCAGGGUACCUCCCCACACACCAGCAAGGGUACUUCCCCACAUACUAGCCAGAGUACUUCCCCACAUACCAGCCAGGAUACUUCCCCACACAUGAUUUCAUUUGAGUGGGACUUGCACAUGAGUGAAUAGAAUUAUCAAAGCUUAUUGCUUGGGAAGCAUUGAAAAUUGGGUUGGGCAAAUAUGAUUCUGUUAGUGGGAUGGUUUGUGAAGGACCUGCCUAGUAUGGGCCAACAGGCCUGCUGCAAUGUUCCUGUUUUCUUAUGUGGAUGAACAUCAUCCUGACACAGCUGUUGCAGGCCAUGCUGGCAACAUCUACAAUGACAAUGUUGUGUCCCAUUUUACGGAAAAUUUAAAGAGAUGCCAGAAACAGAGCUCUCUGGACAGAUAUUUAGUGCCACAGGUGUGCAGUGACUCUCAAGGUGGCCCUAGUGGCAUUAAAACACAAAGAAGGGAAGUAACCCCUGAAAAGGACUUGGUGCCUGAAGGCUUUAUGGAAGGGAAUUCCCCUUCCAAACAAUAGUACACCUCCAUCCUCUCCCCUCCUCCCGUCUCAUCACUCAUUAAUGAGUCUUCAGUAAUUGUUUAUUCCGCAUGAACUGUAUGCAAGGGUUCUAAAGGAAUGUAAAGAGGAGCUUAGCACACCUUUGGCUAAUCUUUUCAACAUAUCACUACAAACUGGCAUGGUGCCAGAUAAGUGGAAAAUGGCAAAUGUGAUACCUAUUUUCAAAACAGGUGACAGGUCCUUAGCUUCGAACUAUAGACCAAUAAGCCUAACCUCCAUAGUGGGAAAAUUUAUGGAAUCAAUAAUUGCCGAGGCAGUUCGUAGCCACCUUGAAAAGCAUAAAUUAAUCAACGAAUCUCAGCAUGGUUUUACAAAGGGGCGUUCCUGCCUUACGAAUUUAUUAACUUUUUUCACUAAGGUAUUUGAGGAGGUAGAUCAUGGUAAUGAAUAUGAUAUUGUGUAUAUGGACUUCAGUAAGGCUUUUGACAGGGUCCCACAUCAGAGACUAU